AAAUUUAUUGUAUGUUUUAAUAUUCAAGUGCCAACAUCAAGAAAAGGAAACACUAUGAAGACCUCAGUUGCAAUAAUUGUCACAUGUGUGAUUUUUUCAACUGCCAAGGCUACACUCGACAUCACCAGUGAGCAAAAGGCCAAACUCGACGAGUAUAAAGACGAAUGUAAGAAACAAUCGGGAGUAAACGUCGAAAUUUUGAAAAAGUUACCAGAGGGUGAGUUCCCCGAAGAUCCAAAAUUGAAAGAGUUCCUAUUCUGUGUCUCCAAGAAAACUGGUUUCCAAAAUGACGCCGGCGAAAUCCAACAGGCAGUUAUCAUCGAGAAACUCGGAAAGGCUUUGAAGGACCCUGCCAAGGCGAAGGAGUUGACGGAAAAAUGUACCAAUCAAGAAGGGUCGCCGUCUGAAAUUACAUACAAAUUCGUCAUCUGCUUUUAUAACCACAGUUCGAAACACGUUGUUAUUGUUUAGUGAAAAUAUAUUUUUAUUGUUAAAAAUUUGUCAAUGAAAUCGAAUAUUGGCUUUAUCGCCAUAUGAAGGUAUUCGUACAUAGUCAUAAAAAAAAUCUGUGUAAUUAGUAUAUAAUAUAUGUUGAAUUCAUA